GAACCCUCCCAAAUUGGACUUUUCAGAGGAAAAGAAAGAGACCAAAGAAAUGCGGUUUUGAACCAGACUCUGUGGUUUCCAGAAUGAUGAUACGUGCACUCUGUGCUGCUGGAAAAGCUGAUGUGCCAAUGGAAUUUGACAAGGAAAUGGUACAGAAGGACAUCGGACACCGACAGAAGCCUGAGGUUUAGGUUAGAUAGAGGUUUUGCAUCCGGAAGCGUCUAUCUAACUUCAGUUAACCCAUUUUAUUAUGAUGCAGCCCAAUUCAACUUUUUGGAGGCGGUUCCAUUGUUGAAGAAGGCGAUCGUGAAGAAGAGGGUCGAGCAGUUCAAGAGGCCCCAAAGCGACUGCAAGAUCUGCGUCAGGAUCUUACAGUUUUGCAGUUUUCUAAGGUUGAAUUGCUCCCAAAAGGCUUGGAGAUCGGGUUUCUUUCACAGAAGGGCAAUUGAUUCCCUUCUUCAAAACAACUGAAAUCUAAGGAAAUGCUUGAAUAUUUUUACAUAGCUGUUUAUUCUCACUGAAUUCAGAAGAAGAGGCAGAGAAUAGAAAG